UAUGUUUGUGAAUAAUGAUUCAUAUUGCCGAGGCUGUUAUUGGUGUUCUGGACUUAACUGGCUGGUUUAAGCAGAUAGCAGAACCGAUUAGUAAUCAAGACUGCCCAUACGAUUUUAUGUAUCAUUGCUCCGAUCGAUAAUUCACUCCUCUCUAAUUGGGCGUUCAUAUAUUAAAGAGAGUAUGCACGUGUAGCAAGCCCAUUAAACUACUGUAUUUUUUAUGUGCUCUCUGUAAUCCUAACAUUUAACCCAUUGUAAAUUUAUGUGUGAGUCUGAUUGAGCGCAUGUCUGCACAUCAAUCUUUAAUCUAUUCUCUCAUUGGUUGUGAACGAAGACAAUCAAUAAUUUAUCCACAAUCUAUUAACACUCAAAAAUAUAUAUGGAUUUUUAACACUCACACACACACACACACUCACUUGCUUUCCCUGUGUGCUUGCUAUCUGUACGCUUGCGGAUUUUACCGAGCUUCAUCAAUAAACUAUCUCUAUAACUGGUGUUCAGGCUUUUGAAUAAUCUCGACUAAACCCGUAAUUCUACUUGGAGAUUUAGCCUGCAGUAAAUAUUCAGUUAGUGAGAUAUUAUUUACAUAUUGGAGUCAGAUAUAGAGGAAUUAAUCUUCUACAAAAUUGGUGAGCCGCAUUUUGAACACGCACCAUUCUUCUACAAAGUUGGUAAUCCGCUUUUUGAACGCGUACCAUCUCUCUACAAGUCUGCUGAACAUUCUCUAAUCACAUCAUUAAGAACUUCACAUUGGAAUUACUGUUACAAUUAUUAAUAAUUCAUUGACAGUCAUAAUAUAUUCAUUCAUAACAUUGUCCCUUUGGAAUUAUAUUGAUAUAUUCACAUAUUUGUACCCAAGGUGACAGUUUUUUUUAUUCGGUGAGUCUCUCAUAUAUUUCUUGUUAUUGAUUAUUUUUUCAUAUUGUAUACCUCAAUCAACAGCCUAUUAUUAUUGCUACUGUUAUUAUUUCCUGGUAUCAUGUCACUCGAUAAUUCACUUAGCCUUUCAUCUAAGUCUAUUUCCGUGGGUGCCAUCUCUGUACCUUUACCUGCUUUUAAUUUCCGAAAGGCAGAACUCUGGUUUGCACGCUUAGAAAGCUUUUUUGUUACAAACAAAAUCACAAGCCAGAUCACGAAAUUUAGAUACGUAAAUUCGUUGCUGCCGGAAGACGUUAUUGAACAAGUGCCUGAUGUCAUUUUUAAACCGGAUCCUGACUCAUCAUAUGAUUGCCUAAAAAGAGAGGUCAUAUGUGUUACAUCUCUCACUGACCAGCAGACUGUCGAUCAACUUUUAGCCAAUGUAGAGCUAGGUGAUUACACACCUUCCCAAUUAAAACGCCAUAUGACAAGUGUUUUAGGGAAUCGUAUAGUUGAUAAACGUCUAUUAUAUCAAUUGUGGCUCAGACGCCUCCCACAAAACAUACAGCAGAUACUCGCAAUUGGAGACGAGGAUGUCGAUUUUGACAAGCUGGCAGACAUAGCCGAUCGAAUUUACGAGCGGACCAGGACUCACUCGGUAUCACACGUACAAACAAACUCAACCGACGAGAUUGCCGAGUUACGACAGACAGUCGACGCCCUCACUAAACAGAUAGCUCAGCCACAACUUUCGAAUGCGCACCACUGCAAGUGUAGAGGAAGGUCCAGAUGUCGUACACGUCGUAGUCCAAGCACCAUCCGACAUAACAUUUGCUGGUACCAUAAAACGUUCGGUAAACAAGCUAGAAAGUGUAUUCCUCCCUGUAAUUUUGCAAGCACACGGAAAAGGGAACAUCAAGGCCGACAAUUUGUGACGACUGCGGUCACCGGCCACAAUUCACACGAAAGCCGUUUGUUAUAUGUCACGGACAGAAGAACCGGAACACAGUUCUUAGUGGACACAGGGGCAGAGGUUAGUGUAGUACCACCUACUGCACUCGAGAAAAAGACACCUGACCCCAUACUGAAACUAAGAGCCGCGAAUAGAUCCGAGAUCAAGACAUACGGUAAAAGACAUUUACGAUUGCAUUUCGGUCCCAAAUCCAACUUCUCAUGGAACUUCAUCAUAGCUGAUGUUCUUGUUCCCAUAAUCGGUGUUGAUUUCCUACAAUCACAUAAAAUACUUGUAGACGUUAGAAACCGGAAACUGGUACUUGCCGAUCACAGCAGCGUAAUCAAAGGAAUUCUAUCUAAUGAGAAGUCUAUACAUUUAUUGGUCAAACCUCAUCGCGAGAAUGGCAAACCGUGUUUCAAAGGUGACAAACGGACACAUACUGUCGUACACCACACUAAGACAGAGGGACCACCAGUAUUUGCACGUCCAAGACAGCCUUUACAGACCCCUUACGACGGCUCUUUUAAAAUUGUCCGAAGAGACAACAAAACAGUUACGAUAGAAAAAGCUGGUAAACAUGCUACUGUUAGCAUCGACAGAAUAAAACCAGCAUUUUCAGAGCACAUCAAGAAGCAAACAACGAAACCAUCCAAAUCCGCAUCAAAGCAAGCACUACACAAACUACCUGUAACAAUCAAUACUUCAUAUCAAAGUUCAACGGCUACAGAAACUACUACAAGAUCAGGUAGGAGAGUACACUUUCCGGAUAGGUACGUAGCUACAAUCAUACUUAUCUAGCCCAAAUGCUACAAAUUGUUCUCUAUUUUUAUUAACUGUUCUUUAUCGGCCCCACGGAUUUUCAUUAUACUUACUUUUAACUUCAUGAAAUCCUUAUACACUACAAUCUGUUAUUACAACUUAACGCUUACUCAUCACAUCGGAUUGUACAUUUAUUUCAUAAACAAUUUUUUUUUAUCACUUUGUCGAACAUAGAUGUUAAUAAAAAAAAUAUCUUUUUUAUAGAAAAAACAUCUACGUUCUGGAUGGGAGCUUAUGUAGCAAGCCCAUUAAACUACUGUAUUUUUUAUGUGCUCUCUGUAAUCCUAACAUUUAACCCAUUGUAAAUUUAUGUGUGAGUCUGAUUGAGCGCAUGUCUGCACAUCAAUCUUUAAUCUAUUCUCUCAUUGGUUGUGAACGAAGACAAUCAAUAAUUUAUCCACAAUCUAUUAACACUCAAAAAUAUAUAUGGAUUUUUGACACUCACACUCACACACACACACUCAAUUGCUUUCCCUGUGUGCUUGCUAUCUGUACGCUUGCGGAUUUUACCGAGCUUCAUCAAUAAACUAUCUCUAUAACUGGU